GUGUGCGCGGGUGAAUAUUACGAGUGCACCCCGGUUACGUCAGUUGUUUCUGUUCGUCCGGCAAGAAUGGCUGACGAAGCUCUGUUCGAGUUUCUCCACAUGGAGAUGGUGUCACAUGUUUAUAGGGACAGUCAACCAUGUAAAGGGGAAACAGACAACAAGGACAGAGCUUCCCGUGUUUCUGUCCUGGAGGGAAUGGGCUUCAGAGUCGGGCAAGGGCUUAUUGAGCGGUUAACAAGGGACUCCCCCUGCUUCAAGGACGAGUUGGAUGUAAUGAAGUUUGUUUGUAAAGACUUCUGGACAAAGGUCUUCAGGAGGCAGGUGGACAAUCUCCGAACCAACCACCAGGGAACCUACGUGUUGCAGGACAACAAGUUUACUUUGCUCACGCAGCUCUCGAAUGGAAAACAGUUUCUGGAUCAAGCACCGAAGUACCUGGCAUUCUCAUGUGGCGUGGUGAGAGGAGCCCUGUCGAAUCUUGGUCUGGAAAGUGUGGUGACAGCUGAGGUGUCUGUCAUGCCAUCUUGUAAGUUUCAAGUGGUGAUCCAAAAAUUAUGACCUGGUCCCUCCUUCAGAGUGCAUGCACCCUUGUCCUUCAUGUCGGGUUCUGACAUUCCUGAACAGUAAUGUAUCUCCCUCUUCCUCUCAUUACCGCACCAACAGAGAUAAUCAAAUAUAAAGCCAAACAACACAAGCCACUCCCAUGUUCUGAUUGCCUAACUGAUGAGUCUCAAAUAAGAAUGGCUGCUUUUGACUUGUACUCUCCACACACACAAAUAAAUGUACUCCCUGUUGAAACUUCAUUUAUUGUAUGGAGAUAUUAUGGAACUAGACCCCAAUUGGGUGUGAAGGGUCGUUGUCGUUGUAUAGUAAAUGUCUGUUUGUGUCACAUGGAUGUAUUUGGAAAUAAAUUGAAAACACUGAA